AUGGCCACGGGCGCAGAGGAUCCAGAGGAAGAUGCUAGGCCUCGCGAGUUGGAGUACGGGAAGCCUUUUUCGGAAGCCGAAGGGUGGGACGCAAGAGCGGAACAGAACUACCGCUACUCAUGGGACUUCUACUACGAGGAAAGCCAGGAAACAUCAGCGCUUUUGCCGAAGCAUGGAGGGUUAGGAUGAGGUUGUGGGUUAUGUUAAGGGUUACGGCAUUGCAUCCUUCACUACCAUUCUUGACUUAUUUUCCAAUAGGAAAGAAGUCGAGGAUGGUCUGGAGAAUGUACUUAAUUGCGCAACCCCUAAUUAUGAGGUUGUUGGUUCUUUUUCAAUAUCGUGGUGACUGUUGUGGUUUUUUGAUCAUGGCUCUUCCUGGAGGUUGUGGUAAAUUGUGUGUCAUGGUGAAUCACUUAUGUAGUAGCUGUAGUUGUACAAGGUGAUAUACUCCUCACUUCUUCGACUUCAUCUUUGGUUUAUUUGAUGUUGGAAAAUUUCCCGCUUUCAUACUAUGAACGAGCUGGAGGCGGCAACGACGAAGAGGUCUUUCGCAGCGUACGCACAGUCAAGAUGUAAGGAUGAGUGUUUGCUCAAUUGUGCCGUAGAUACUGGAUAGUUUCAAGUACCAUAAGAAGAAGAAAAGUGUUUUAUUCACCUUGUUUCUUCUUCUGAUGAGCACGAGUACAGGCUGGAACAGCUACUUGCAUAUACUCGUCACUCUUGUUCUUGUAUUAAAAAGUAGCUGCAGGUUGUAUCAUUCAAGAACAGAUGACGAGUAACUCUGCCUUUAGACUGAGUCAAAAAUAUUGAUAAAAGCCGCAGGACGAGCCGCCGUUUUUUCCUUUCAUACACCGAGUGUGCGACGAAAGAUAUGGCAGUUUCUGGAGACCGACCCGACUGUCAAUGGCAUCCUCCUCACGGUCAUUCUGAUUUCCACACUCGCUUUCUGCCUGGAGACGGUCCACACGUUUGAGCCUUACAAGCACGUUUUUCAAGUGCUGGUUAUGACUGGAGUUGUAAUAAUUUGUUGUUUUAGUUCGAAGAAGAUGCUGUGGAAAAUGACGAAUAGUAUCAUCUUUCAUCGCUGUAAUGAUGGCACCUGGAGAUUGAUUCACAUAGGGAUAGGAGACAAUUCAUUGACAAGAUGGAGCCUACAUCUCUAAACUUAAGCUGAUUGUUGUUCUAUGCUUUACUUCCGAGCUGCUACUGCGCUACAUCGCGGCCCCGAUGAGCACGAAGAAAUUCCUAUCGAAUACGAUGAACUGGGUGGAUAUUCUUUUAUGAGCAGGAUCGAUAGAUUUGAAUUUGUUGUAUACAGGAGGAGGUGGACACGCUUACAGUCAGUACUAGAUGAGAGUGAAGAUGAUGUAAACUUACACGGAUAAGUUGCCUCUAAUCCCUUCCGUCCUUCCCUAUUUUAUCGAGCAAGGAGCUGCCCUGUACGAGCACUUCUUCGUGACGAAUGUGGAGGAACCCAAGUUGAAUCUCACCAUAGUCCGAUGCUUGCGGCUAGCACGGCUGUUCAAGUUCGGACGCUACAGUUCCGAGAUGUCACUCGUCGCGGGUGCCUUUUUGCGCUCUUCGGUUAGUUUCCUUUAUGGUUGGAGACUAGAGUUGCUGUCGGGAUGUCAACAGAUGCUGAUAUUGCAAGUUUUAGUUCUAGUUAACUCUCUCGAAAAAAUGAAACCGGGACAACUAAGUAGGACAACUUCAAUUCAUCUAAAAAUAUUGAGUUCUCCUUGCAUGGCCUUCAAAGUUAAACCCCGCAGAUAAACGUAAACCGCUCUCCUAGAAUUGAUGACUCCCUGCUCGGUCCUUCUCCUCUCUUCCAAGUGUCAACCGACAAGGUACUAGAGUAAGGGCGAAUAUCUAAAUCUUACUUCAAAAUGUCAACAUCGAAUCUAAUCGAUCCGUUUACUUCUUCCUCUAACUUCCGAUGCUGUUCUUCAUGCUCUCCAUCGCCGUAGUGGUCUUCUCAACGUUGAUGUACCUAGCGGAGCAAGGCGACUGGGAUGCGGAAAUGGGAUGCCAUACUCGUGCAGAACUAGGCGUCAGAGGAGACUUCUUGAAGUACUGAGUUACUUGAUUUAGAUUGCACUGAAAAUUACGGUAGUAGGAAAUAUGAAUCAAUAUGUAUUCAUUGUAGUCAGAUCCCAUGUCUCACUCUACCUCGCUUCUGGAGCAAGUCGCUUUCUCUCCAACCAAUCUGCAGGUCUGAAUGUUCCCCUUUCGAGUCCAUACCCUUGACUUUCUGGUGGGCUAUUACGACUAUGACGACAGUCGGCUAUGGCGACACCUUUCCAGUGACACCAUUGGGCAAAGUAGUUGCAGGCUUUGCAAUGGUCGUGGGAACCCUGUCCGUCGCAUUGCCUACUACGGUUUUGGGUAUUCAAUUCGGUGACAGCUAUGCGGAGAUUCAAGAAGAAAGGGAGAGGGCUAAGGUAUUCUUUGUUCUUUCUGUUCUUGGAUCAGAAUGUGUUGCUCGAAAAAUCAAAAUGAAAACAUCAUUAAUAAAUGAGGGCAAGCUAGUACUACUGCCUCUAUCUUUCUCUUCAUUAUAAAUGGAUUACUUGUUACUAAGGAUUUCCGAUCAAAAAAUUGAAUGUCGAACUCUUAUCGACUGCUCAGAUCCAGCUCUUAAUCCCUUCCGCGGAGCAGAGAAACGAAGAACUAGAGAAGAAAAUCGCUGAGUAUUCCGCGUUACGACAAAAAAUAGUGACAAUUCGAGCUAAGAUCGAUAAGACGGCAAUAGAACUGGUGGAACCGGAACAGAGGGACAAUUUUUCCUCGAUGCUAUCAGUCUUCAGCGAAGCGGUUGAUCGAUCGACGUUGAUUAAGAGGAGGUUGUAGAAGACAGGUUGUUUGACAGAAGACCUGUGAUCUGGUUAAAGGGUGAUCGUUUUGAUUAAAUAGGGAUUUUUCUUGUACUUUCUUACCAAGUAUUUUUCCUGUAAUAACCUCGACGCCCCUCUUCAAGGACUAAGAUCAGGCGUUUUUAGCUGGCAGUGGGAGCACUUCUCACCAUGCACCUUGUACUUUCUUAAGUAAGAGACGUAUUACAGAAAAGGCACUCAAACAAAUCUUUUUCUAAUCUGAACAUCGAGAAUCAACUACUUCGCUCGGCCGCGAACACUCCUGGGCUUGCACUUGGGAAGGGUGGGGUAUGAGGAGAUCCGAGGUGCAACAACUUUAACUUUAUACCCGUGCCGCUGUGCUCAGUCCUCUCCUGACGACUUCAUCCCAAUUGUUGAACCACGACAUGCCUAGUAGCAGCAUUCCUACUUGCGGAAAAGCAAGAUCAUCCAGCCUGUACAGUCGCGUCCUCUCAUCAACCAGCACAAGAGGCGCAUUUUUCUUUUCAUUGUUUUUUCCGAUUCAUUUUGCAAGGUAGGGAACUUACUAGAAGAUCAUGAGUACAUUAUACAUUUGUCAUGUCAUAGGAUGUACCACAGUUUUGAAUAGAGUUGUACAAUUGCCUCAAGAUGAUCCGGACGUUCAGAAAUGUUGUUCUGCUCUUCAUAGCACUACUGCUAGUGCCUUACUACAGAAGUUUCGAUUUCAAUCAUAUUUGAGCAUGCAUCAAAAUCAUGUUGCUAGUAGCAAUCCCUCUCACCGAAGC